GGAGGUUAACAGAGAUGGGCGUGGAUGUGUUUAAUAGCAGCAGCUUCAACUGUAGGAGGAGGAGCUGGUUCAGUUCCUUUUCUGAAACCAGCAAAAGGUAGGCUGGAAUAAUUCACAAAGACAACCACUGCCUGGCUGUUCCCUGAGGCUGUUCCUUGCCGACACCACAAACUACCAAAGUAUUUGCUGUUGAAGCACAGGAGAACACCAUGGCCGAAAGCAGUACAGCUCUUCACAACUUUACAGGCACCUUGGAGUCUGGGAUGAAUUGGUCCAUGCAGCAUAACAUGUCAGAAUGCCCCUGGCCAGCAGAAUGGCAUUGGUUACUUGACAUCCAGCCCAUGUUCCUCUGGCUUCUUGCUGUCUUUGGAAUGGCAGAGAAUGUUUUUGUCCUCAGCGUCUUGUGUUUCCAUAAGAGCCAUUGCACAGUGGCUGAAGUUUACUUGGCAAACUUAGCAACGUCUGACCUUUUUCUGCUCUGCGGUUUACCUUUCUGGGCUGUCAACAUCGCCCACAAAUUUGAAUGGCCGUUUGGACUCCCCCUUUGCAAAAUUGUCAAUACCAUCCUUCAAAUGAACUUGUAUUCUAGCAUUUACUUCUUGGUGAUGGUGAGCAUUGACCGCUACCUGGCCUUAGUGAAAACGAUGUCUCUGGGGCGGAUGCGCCGGCCUAUAUGUGCCAAGUGGAACUGCCUGGUCAUCUGGGUUUGUGCGCUACUCCUGUGUGCUCCUAAUAUAAUGUUCAGGUCACUAAAGUAUCAAACUAUGGACAAUAUCACAGCCUGUGUGCUGGAUUACCCAUCUGCACAAAAGUGGCCAGUGAUCACAAACACAAUGUUGAAUACCAUGGGGUUUUUAAUACCUCUUUGUAUAUUUACUUUCUGCACUGCUGCAAUCAUCCGAGCCUUAGGAAAGAGUGAAGUGCAAAAGCUCAAAGCAAUUCAGACGGAGAAGAGAGCUACUGUUCUUGUCCUUGCCGUCCUUCUCUUGUUUAUCAUCUGCUGGCUCCCUUUCCAGAUCACUACACUGUUAGAAACUUUGCAAGAAUUAAAGAUUAUUUCUGGUUGCAGAAUGGAACAAACCAUCGAUGUGGCCACCCAAAUUGCAGUAUACUGCUGUUUUAGCAACAGCUGCCUCAACCCAAUAGUGUAUGUCAUUGUAGGCAAACAUUUCCGAAGAAAAUCCAGGGAGGUCUACCACGGCUUGUUCUCUAGGAGAGUAAGCACAGCGCCGUCGAUCCUCCAAAUGGUGACUACCAUGGAGACUCUCAGAGCGUCCAUUUCAGUGGAAAACCAUAGGAAAAAGUCUACCGUUAAUGUGCAACGAUAGCACUGCCUGCUGGUUUCUUUAGGAGAAAUAAAAUUCUCACCACUGCCAUGGGUAAUCCAUUAUUUACCUCCAUGUAUAUGGUGCCGCCAUUUUGAACAGAGUGAACUCCUUAAUUAUGGAUGAAACAUUGGGAAGGCUGCCAUUAGUAGUACAGUUUGUGCAGGCCAUCUGCUCGUACUGCGUGCCAUUUUGUUUCCAGGGCUGAAUUAGACUUUCUUCUUAUUUAUAUAUUUACCAUUUCAGGGAUGAACUCUCUUGGGCAUUCUGUCCUUGGAACCAGUACCACUAAGCUAAGGAACUUGUCCUUGGAGCUCUCCUGCAUCUUUUCAGCACCUACAUCACACGAGGCUGUAGUGCACUAUAAUAUGACUAUUUAAACAAUCUACAACAAGAAGACCUCCCCCUUCAAGUUAUAAAUUUGUUAAGGUGGGGGAAAUAUAUAUAUAUAUAUAUAUAUAUAUAUAUAACUAUUAUUUCAAUUUCUUGGUUAGAGGGCAGCUAACCAUGUUCCUGGUUAGAUGCUUUUGCACACUGCAGAAAACUCUGGCAGGUUGGGGCAUCUUUCCAUGAUAUACGCACCACUGUACUUUUGCUGUGGGACCCUUGCACUUUUGCCCCAGAGAUGCUAGAGUGAUUUUCUAAGGUUUAUUUUAUUUCAGAAUAAAGGCUCUUCACCUCUCCACAUCCAGAUAAAUGUCUACACAGAGCCUAUGUUUAUACAUUCCUCCCCCUCGUUUCCCCAGGUUUCUGAUCGCACCAAGACAAACACCCCCUAAACAUAUUAGCCUUGUAAAUUCCUGUAAAUUAUACAUAUGUACAAAUAUAUAUAACAAACAAAAUCAUAUAAUUGUAUUAUUAAGUGUGAUAUUAUUAAAUAAAUGUGUAUUUCUUCAAAAUAAAAAAUCUGCUGCACUUUUAA